AUGGCGAUAUGGCCCUUUGGCCGCAAGGGCAAACGGCCCAGGAGCCAGAUGAAGGCCUCCGACGCCGUGGAUAGAGGGGUCGCCGACUUGUCUCCCGUGCCAGAGCAGGCCUCGAUUGCAAGAAAGCCCUCGAGAAAGCGGUCCAAACGAGACAAACGGAGGAGCACACCUCCGCGCCAUCGCUCGCCCCCUUCUCGCACUGUCAUGCCGACGACUGCUGAAGGUGCCGCGGCGUCGUUUGCGUACAACCUGGACAACCGCACCUCGCAGUCGAGCAUCGGUCAAGACAAUUUCACUUCGAGUCGCACGACCCCGAUGCUGCAGAAGCGCUCGAGCACCGCCAGCAGAGGCACCUUGAAGAAGAGGUUGAGUAAGCGCUCGGCAAGAGAGGUGCAACGGGAGCAGGAAAUUCGCGCCAUGAGCUCUUCACCCCCGGCCGUCCAUCCUCAUCAUCCUGCUACAACUUGGACUUAUCUGCCAUCCGAUGUUCGCAUGGGUCCCAAUGCGAAUAGUCGUCAUGCUGACCGCCAUAUUUCAAACCAAAGCUUGCCGAUGGAUUCUCGUUCGUCCAUGUCUGAUCACUCGGAUUCCUAUACGUAUAAAGUCAACGCUUUCGCCGUGCUUACUCCACGGCCAAUUAUUCGCUAUAGUGAGAAUCCGAAAUUUCCUGUCCCGAGAAGUACGAUUCCAUCUGCCAAUUCGAUGCGGAAAGAUAUCAAGCUGGACGAGGAGGAGGACAUUCUUUCAAAGAAAAGAGUGGCCGAGCUGGCCGACGACUUGGAUGCUCCCGCUCUCAGAGAGCUUCUAGAAAGAGACCGCAGGCGCAGAGAAAAGAAGCGGCAAGAGAAUCAGGAGAGAAUACAGCGCCGGUUACAACGGAGAGCCGAGCGCGAUCGCGAACAAGAGAGAAAUACGGCAGCCCCAGUGGAGAAUUUAGAUGAAUUACGAGGCAGGGAUCGGACUCCAUCUCCCACAACCUCGUCCAAACAGCUGCAGUCCGUGCAGAAUAUCAAUGCACCCCGUGACAGUGUACAAUCGCAAACCCAACCGGGCUCGUGGCUGCGCGGGUCUUCCAGAGAAAGCCAACGUAAAAGCAAUCGCUUCUCUGAUAUUUCUACACAUGUAAUCGGAAACAUCGACGAUCGGUCUAUUCGUGCGGGGAAGACUGCUCAUGAUCCUCGUCCACUGGAGAGCCAGACGCCACAGAAUCAAUCACCAGCGCGCCAAACUUAUGCGAGCAUAAGCUCUCCGCGAGUCAACAAUAUCGCCGAAUCAGUGUCCGAUUUAUCACGCACGGAAAUCUCUGAAAAACGCCUGUCAGAUCAUAGCGGCAGGCGCAUGACUUCGUGGAUGUCUAUCUUCAGCCGGAGUAGCCCUCGUCGCAAAGGUUCGAAGGAGCUUGAUGCGCCGUCUUCCGAUUUCUCCAACACCUCUCGUGAAUCGUUUUCCAAAGUUCAGGCCCAUGCCGUCAACUCAAAUCACACACCUUCUGUCCCGAUCCCAAUUCCAGAAAGAAGCUUCCUGCGGACUGGUACAGUUCACCGCUCACAAUCCAAAUUCACCGAACAUCUUGGAGAUUACCCUAUUUCCCCUCCCGACUCUCGCGUACAAUCUCCAAUUCCUAUCCCACUCGAACGCCCUCCCGACGCUUCAGUUGCCAAGGAAGAGGCAGCUAAUGUUAGUCCCCAGUCUUUUGUAGAGAACCAUGAGAUGGAAGAUGUGGACCGCGCUUGGGAUGACAACAGUGCGAUGCUCUCCCAAUCGCUUGCUUCAAUUGACUCGGAAGGGUCUUGGAUGUCAGGCAAGUUUUUGCGCCGAAUUUCGCAGAACCCUGCCCAGACUGCCUUGAGAAACAGUACCGGGAGGAGCAAACUCAACAAAUACGACGAAACCAAUGAAGGUGACGACGUUGCCAGCGACGACUAUUAUAAUCAGCUAGCGGGAGAGUCCCCGGAGAAACGAAACUCUAUUACUGGUAUGCGCAGAGCAAGCAGCACUGCGAUGGGUCUUGAAGGCAUCGAAAGCGAUUCCGAUUCCAAGGACACAGAAGCCUGGCACGGAGGAGCCAGCCGCAAGCCAGUCGUCAGAAACGCCAUUGUGCGGGCGAAAUCCAGAGAAAUUGUGCUCAACGAUAUCUCCAUGUUGGAUACGUCUAUGGAUGAGGAAAUCAGCCCUGUCAGCCCUGUUAGUCCUGUCAGCCAAGACGAACCCAUCGAGAUCAAACGUGCUCAAAGCGUUGAUUAUGGCCGCGGACACGGCCACGCACGCCAAAUGAGUGCUGGCAGUGCAAAGUUGUUGGAUAUUCCACCUAGACAGUCGAUGGACUCCAAAGAUUUGUCUACAGAAUAG